AUGUAUUUUUUUUAUUGGUCUAGAUGGCCCCAUGAGAACCAUGAAACUGAGAACCAUGAUUACCACUAUGUCAGAUGUCUAACCCAGUUACUGCUGACGGUGAGAGUGGGAACGUGCGCAUGUGCCGUUAAAACUGAGAGACGUGUAGCCACUUGGGUUUCCGAAAUCCUGUUGUGGUUCUCUGGUUCCCCCUUAGACGGUUCGGGACAUGUUUACGGUAUUAUUUUGAUUUCUCAGUUCACAUAUACUCUUUUUCUCCUUUUAGCCCAUCACUUUUGUCCGAAGUUAACUGAAAUCAUUCAUGUUCAUAAUCUGUCAAGUAACUGUUGUCUUUUUUGCCUAAUGCACUUCACAUCUCACAAGAUCCAAUUUUCGUAAAAAAUAUGAAUGACCGCACCAUUUUGGGCGUGGCUUCUUUCCUUUAAAAAAAAAAAAAAAAAAAAAAAAAAAAGAAAAGACAUUGAUCAAACAGUAAUUUGAAAGAUACAAAAGGGUUUCAAUAAAAACUCGCAUCAAAUGUAUGAUCGAAAAUUUGAUCGAAAAAACUUAGCAUAACAGUAAAUUCGGUAAAGGAAAAAAAAAAGAAGAAAAAAAAAGGGGGGAGGGGGUGUCCAUAAGUACGUCACGCUCCGCGGGGGGGGGGAGGGGGCUACAAAGUGUGACCUUUUUGCCCUUGGGGUCGGAGGUGGGUGGGGGUGAUAGUUUAGGGCAUUGUGAGACAUUGUACAUUUAAAAAAACAAAAACAAAAACUUUUAAUUUUCAUAGCUUAAAAAAACAAACAAAAAACUGAAAUGACAGUGAUGUUGAGCUUUCUCUUGUGAGCGAUGCAGUGUGGCUCGUAACAGAAGAUUUCAGUUUAAUAUAACAAAUGAUUAAGUUUAAUUUCGAAGUGUGUUUUAGAUUAUAUCUUAUAUACUUGCUCAUUUAAAAAAAAAAAAGAAAUACAAAUUAGUUGGAAAGUUUGACUUAGUUUGGGCAUUGGGGUUUUGGGGGGUAGGGUAUUGUGAAAUUUUUUGACAGAUUGUGACAGGUUGGAGGGGUCGGGCGAUUGCAUAGAAACGUUCCACAAAUAGAGUAGAGUGACAUACUCUAUAACAAGGCAAAAUAAUUUUAAUUUGUUUUGAGAGUCGUGUGACUAAUACUUUACCAAAAAUGACUAAAAGAUUAGCCCUACAUUUAAACAGAACUGUUGAACUGCGCCUGGUAUUUUGUAGCUUUUUAACACUGAUCUGAUCUGUAGCAUGAAAGGACUAAUAAACGUUUCACCAAACUGUUCUUGAAGAUCCUUGUAAGCAUGUUCCUGUUAAUUUUAAUGUUAGAAUCCUUAUAAUAGAAAUUUCUUAACUACCUAGUGUACAACUUUAAUAGCCUUGCUGAUAAAAAAAAGAAAGAAAAAAAAGCACACUAUCAUUUCAAGGAUUACUUUUUUUUUUUAAAAUUUAAAGAAAAAAAAAAGAAAACAAUAUUUAACGAGAGAUGGGAAUAUCCCUUGACCCCCCACCCCCUCUCCAACCCCCUCCCUCUCUCCUUAAAAAAAAAAUCAGAAACAAUAUUGCUGCCUUUUAUUUUAGACAAUCAAAAAGCCAAUUGAAAUCCAGAUAAAAAUAUAUAACAUUUGGUUGGGGGGAGGGAAUAAACGUCUAAAUAUGGUUUAAAUUUUAUGUUGAAUGGUUACAAUGGGAAAUAUUUCUAAUGGCACAAGCAUAAACAUUUUUUUUAAAAAUUAACUUCUCACACACAAAAAACGUUAUUUUUACCUAUGCUAUGUAGAUCUUUUAUGUUAUGAAUUAAGACCAAUAAUGAGUGCAAUCCAGGAUGUCUCUUAGUUUUAAGCUUGGAUACAUGGAUUUAAAAUGUUGGUUCAGUAACUUAGGGACAGAAACUUGUGUCAUUUACUUCAUUUAAUAGCCCACACUUUAAUUGUUGCCAUAAACAAUGAUUCGCUUUUACUUUCUGAAAUGCAUUAAUGUACUUUUAUCUAGGGCAGAUUUGAAGAAAAAAAAAAGAGGAAAAACCACCUGCACAAAUUUUAUGUAACAGAUAACAGAACUGACAAUGUCUUUUCUUGAUUACAUUCAUUACAGUUACCAAACAUCAAAUUCACAACACGAAUGACGGACUAGUUUACAAGAUGGAGUACACUUUUUGUAAAAAAAACCCAAAGAAAACAACAAGAACCCAAACCCGUGUAGAGAAAUCAAUGUCUGAACAAGCUGUUUAUGAGAACCCCCGAGAAAAUCAGAGUCCAGAUGAUGACCUGGAACCCGAUAUUACAAAUCAAUUGAUUUUAAGUCAAGUGGGUUCAUCUUUGAGAGAAAUUGGAAGAGCAUUACCUUUAAUUGGUGAUGACGUUUCUAGUACUUUAAAUACACGUUGGAACAUUGGUUUACCCGAUUCAGAUAAACGCAAAGCUGAACCACUGGUCAGACCUCAGGAACCACAACCAAAAAAUCUCAAAUUUAAUGAAUAUUUCGGUGUCGAAGAACAAACAAACACAGAUCUUUCUGAAUCAGGGGGAGAUAAUUUAAUCAGUAGUAGCAACCGAGAGGGGGUUGCCAUCACAGGCGUCACGGUUGAAACCACUCAACCGAGCCAUGGAUUCGGUAAAGACCUUGGCGAUGUUAAGAUACACAUGUUAAAUAAAAUUGAACUUUCAGAAUUUGAAAGAAGGCCAAUGUAUGAACAGGUCUUACCAAUGCCUCUAUUCGGCCACAAUUGUAGAUGCAUGCUUCAAACGUGUGUAAGAAAAUCUGCUGGUGAAAUGUUUGCUUUCCGUUUACAAUUAACUUCAUUUGAAAAACAAUGCAACUUCAAUUGGCCGCUGGCGGUAAGAUGGAAGGUAGGGGUACGAAAUAAGAGAAGAGAGAAUGUGGAAUUAGCCAGAGCUUUCACUUCUUUUAAGAGGCCAACAGCGGAGAGCUCAGAUAGUGUCUAUUCGCAAGAUUUACAAGCAACGUACGACGACAUCAAAGAUUUUAUAACGGAAAAAUGUAUCCUGUUAAUGUUGACAAUUGAAAUACUGUCUUCCACCCCAGAGACGAGUCUCGAAUAUCAUGAUGACUUAGGAAGAAGAAAAGAAAGUGGAGAUUUAUUGAAAAAUAAGAAUGAAAAAGAAGGCUACAGACAAGUGGACAACAAACAAGUUGACAACAAACACGAUGUCUCAGAAGACAUUGCGCACUAUCUAUUUAAUUUAAUCAAAGAUAAGUGUGCAAACAUAUUAACUAAAAUUGAUCUUUCUGAAUUGGACGACGCGCCGAGUUUUGAGAACGCAUCGCCGAUUCAAGAAAUAGGCCAAUCGUCCAGCUGUCUUGUUCAGGCGUGCGUAAGAAAAUCUAAUAAGGAAACAUUGUGUCUGCGAAUCAAACUAAACUUUUGUGGAAGUACUGACUCUUUAAGGUGGCCACUGAUAGUCGAUUGGCGGGUAGCUUUCAAAGGGGAAAGUGCCAGAAAAUCAGAACACUUUGAAACAAUGCAGUCCAUAUUUGAUCAACCAACAUUUGAAAGCACAGACUGGACAUCUUCGCAAGAAUUGGAGAUACCCAUAAAUGAGAUAAACACUUUUAUAUUACACGAUUCCAUCUUGAUACUUUGGAAAAUAAAGCUUUUAAGAUCAGAGCAUGAUGUACUAUCAGCAUUAGGAGAUGACGUUCUGCUCAGUGAAUGUAAAUUGAAAACUGCACUAGAUCACUGUUUUCGUUUUCUUCCGACUAGCAAGAACAAACUGAAAGGCGCAGUCCAGGAUCUAAAACAGAGACCGUUACAAUUUCAAAUUUUGCUGGGGAAGUUAAAAUCUUUUCAAAGAAAUAUGGAUGAAACUGACAGAAGAACCAUUAAGUUGUUAAGUGUUUCCCGAGAACAGAGCAGAACACUGAAUCAG